ACAAUGCACAUCACAUUAAAAGUGUCAUAGUGUAAAUUAUAUAUGGUUUUGGUACUGUUUUUGAAAGCACAUAUUUAUUUGAAAUAAAUAAUAAUGUUUUUAACCUCAGUUGUUUUAUCUGUCUGUUUGACUAUUGUAUUUGCAGAGCCAUUUUUUCCAAAUGUUCAAGCAAAUCCUAACUUUGUUUCUCAACAAGUGCCAUCGAUGACACGAGAAGAUCAACGUUUUUCUCCGAAUAUGCCAUUUUCACCAAUGGAAGGAAAUCAAAAUAUGUAUCCGAUUUCACAAGUACCAGUGAUGCAAGGAUUCCAACCUCCAUUUCCGUUUAAUCCCAUAAAUCAACAACAAUUAUCUAUAUUAUUAAUGUCAACGUAUGCCAGAAUGAUCUCAUUAAUUCAACUGAUGAACAUGCAAAACAGAUAUCAACCUUACAAUCAAUACAGUGGUAUUUUGUUAAACUUUUAUCCAGCCGUAAAUAAUUUCGUUCAAUCUGCAGUUCCCUUGCCAUACGUUCAACAACCUCAAGUAGAAACACAAAACAAUUUGCAAAAUGAAUUGUUGCAACAACAACAACAACAAGCAGAAGCACAGCAUAAAGCGAUUUUAGAUGAACGAAAAAUACAACGUGAAUAUGACAUGGAAAUUCAAAGACGUGAAGAGCUUAUAAAAAGACAAGCGGAGGAAGAAGAAAUAGAAAAUAAACAAAAAGAAAUAGAACGUCAAUUACUUGAUGAAGAAGAAAUAGAAAGGCAAAGACAAGAAGCUCAACAACAAAUUUUUGAAGAAGAACAAGAAGAAAUAAGAAGAAAAGAAGAAGAAUUAAGACUUCAACAAAUUGAAAAUGAAAAAUUGAAAGAAAAGAAACUAAAAACGAGACCACCGACAAAAGUAAUUAGAAAAUCACGUAAAUCAUCAGUAAAUUAAAGAAGAUAUUAUUUUAAGACUAUAGCCAAAAUACAAUAAGCAUAAUUUAACCAAUUAAAUAUAAUAUAAUAAAAAAAGACGUUUAAGAUUAUUUAAAUAAAUAUAUAUUAUAUUAUAUAUACGUAUAUAUUUAAAAAAGUAAAUAAUGAAUGUACUUUAAAUCACAAAAUAUUAUAUAAAUUAGGUGUUUAAAUAAUAUAACAUUUUAAAACCUGAAUUAUCUAUUUAUGAAAUUAAAAGAAAGUCGUUAGAGCUAUAAAUAAUACUAUCAAUUAGAUAACCUAACUUGAUACAAAUAUUUUUGUACACAAUAAUCUGAUUGAUAAAAUGUAUUUUAAAAAAACUAUUUGCACAUAAUGUAUUAUAAAAUGUUAUAAUGUAAGACAAAUGUUGUAAAUUUCAAAAUAAAAUAUACCUAUUCGCUUAGCUA